AUGGAAAAGCAAUAAAUUAGCAAAUCAUUUACAUACAUUCCCACUGAAGAAGAAAAAUAGAAAGAUCGAGAAAAAUAAAUGGAUAAUAAUAAAAGAGAAUUCCUUAAUCCAAAACUUAAAUGGAUUGCUAUUUUCUUAGCAUUACUUUCAGUUAUUCUUUACUCGAUUGGGUUCGUAUAAUUUACAACAUUUUAAGAGCACUUAUCCAAAUCCAUUUUAACCAAGACUCAACUGCCCUAUAUUUGAUUGCCUCUAUCUGUUUGUUGCCUCUAACCUAUUGUAUAUUCAAAGUGUGUAAAACAAAAGAAGAUUUAUGA